AUGCUUACUAGGUUGCCUAGGCAUGGGCUCAGGCAUGCCGUCUUCAUUCUCCCAGCACGGCCGGGAGGAGUCUGCUUUUUCACACAAUCCGCGACAGCCUACCAGACCUCACAACAACAGAUCAGCGAGUCGCCAAAAGAACCACCAGUAUUAUCCAAAUCCGACAGCAACGAACCAGUCCCCUACGUGUCGUUCCAGCCGGGCCCCUCCAACAUCCCCGGCGCGCCGCUGGCCAUCCCGACGAAAUGGCUGGCGUCGCAAAUCCGCGCCGCCGACAAGUUGGUCUUGUACAGGAAGGACGAGCGCAGCAGGCCCGCGUUCCUGUACUCGGCGCGGCGGUUCCUGGAGCUGCCGCGCAACUCGCUCGUGCCAGAGAUCUGCCUCCUCGGCCGUUCCAACGUCGGCAAGUCGACCAUGAUCAACGCCAUCGCCGGGGUGUCCCCCGGCAAGACGGGCAGCGUUGACAAGACCAUGGCCAAGAAGGGCCUCGGCGACGGCAUCUCUGGAUUUGCAGUCACGAGCCGCAAGGCCGGCUGCACGCAGACCCUCAACUGCUAUGGUUUUGGGCCGCCUCCAUCGGCUAAGCUACGAGGUUGCAUGACGCUAGAUCCCAAAUGGCUUGGGAAUGGCACCGCGGUUAGGGAGAUCCUAGGGGGCAGGUCUAGGAGUGCUCUCCGCCACGAUGCUAAAGAGAGGGCCAAGAAUCGCGAGACGCACAACCAUUCGCUGUACGUUAUGGAUAUGCCGGGUUACGGACACAAUUCGAAAGAGGAGUGGGGCCAUGAGAUCGUCAAGUACAUUCAGAAACGUAAGAUGCUCAGGGGAGCGGUGCUGCUUAUCGACGCCGCGGCGGGCUUCAAAGAAGGCGACCGGGUCACGUUGCAGCUUCUGCGUGACGCAAACAUCAGGACCACCGUCGUCCUGACCAAGGGGAACAAACCGACCCUGGCCUUCGACCCGGCGGUACAAAGCGCCGAAGACCUGGGUAACGACCACCCGAUCGUCAAGGUCUGUGCUCAGGUCUGGGAGGAGCUGAGGAGGACGGAGCGGGAAGUGCCCCAGGACAAGUGGACCGAGGGUGACGGCUGGGACAGGGAGAUCUUUGUCACGGCCGCGCACAGCAGCCAGGAGGGGCGCAACAAGGACGUUGCCGCGUUCGGACUGUCGGGCGUCAGGCUUGCCAUCUGCGACAUGGCUGGUCGUGUCUCUGACGUCAAGGCACUGCCGUCCAUCAAAGCGCCGAGCGAGACGAAUCCCGCGACGCCUUCAAAGAUUGUAUCCUUCGACGACAUCAUGUGGGCCUCGACGACGCUGCCGGAAUCUGGUCAGGGUCUGAACCAGCCGCCUACGAAUCCCGACCCCGACUUUGAUCCGUUUGAGGCUGCCUUUGGUGACAUUGUGGAGCCUGAAGCGGGCGUCACCAAGCGCAAAAAGGGGAAGAAAAAGGCAAAGGCGCCCGCUGGCAAUGAUGCAUUCACCUGGGGCGAUGAGCCGGAGGAGCCCGCUCCCAAGAAAAGCUCGCGAAAGUCUGCAAAGCCAAAGUCUGCAAAGUCAAAGUCUGGAAAGUCAAAGUCAAAAUCAAAAAAGGGAAGAAGCACCUCUCGAGACGUGACUCCAGUAGACUCGUUUGAUGCGGCUUUCCUUGGUGCCAUGGCAACUUCCAAGGUUAAACCAAAGAAGGGAUUUAAGCCUACAGCUUCGUUUUAA